AUGGCUCUGGCCAACAGCACCCGCGGACUACCCAACGGGGGCGGCGGGGGCGGCAGCGGCGGCUCCUCGUCCUCCUCGGCCGAGCCGCCGCUGUUCCCCGACAUCCUGGAGCUGAACGUGGGGGGCCAGGUGUAUGUGACCCGGCGCUGCACGGUGGUGGCGGUGCCGGACUCGCUGCUCUGGCGCAUGUUCACGCAGCAGCAGCCGCAGGAGCUGGCCCGGGACAGCAAAGGCCGCUUCUUCCUGGACCGGGACGGCUUCCUCUUCCGCUACAUCCUGGAUUACCUGCGGGACCUGCAGCUCGUGCUGCCCGACUACUUCCCCGAGCGCAGCCGGCUGCAGCGCGAGGCCGAGUACUUCGAGCUGCCCGAGCUCGUGCGCCGCCUCGGGGCGCCCCAGCAGCCCGGCCCGGGGCCCCCGCCGCCGCAGCCGAGGCGCGGGGUGCCCAAGGAGGGCUCGCUGGGCGACGAGCUGCUGUCGCUGGGCUACGCGGAGCACGAGCAGCAGCAGCAGCAGCCGGAGGGCGCCUCGGCCGGGGUGCCGUCGCCCACGCUGGAGCCGGCGAGCCGCAGCCCGUCCGGGGGCGCGGCGGGCCCGCUGCUCACGCCGUCCCAGUCGCUGGACGGCAGCCGGCGCUCGGGCUACAUCACCAUCGGCUACCGCGGCUCCUACACCAUCGGGCGCGACGCGCAGGCGGACGCCAAGUUCCGGCGGGUGGCGCGCAUCACCGUGUGCGGCAAGACCUCGCUGGCCAAGGAGGUGUUCGGGGACACCCUCAACGAGAGCAGGGACCCCGACCGGCCCCCCGAGCGCUACACGUCGCGCUAUUACCUCAAGUUCAACUUCCUGGAGCAGGCGUUCGACAAGCUGUCCGAGUCCGGCUUCCACAUGGUGGCGUGCAGCUCCACGGGCACCUGCGCCUUCGCCAGCGCGGACCAGAGCGAGGACAAGAUCUGGACCAGCUACACCGAGUACGUCUUCUGCAGGGAGUGA